AUGGAGAUUGGUGAGCAACAACAAGAUCAAAACAAAGAAGAAGAGAGAGUAGGCGACAAAAGCACAACUGAGCAACCGACAAUUGCACAAUCUACUGCUACUCAAACUGAAUUGGUAAAUGUAGAUGCAAAUGUAAAUACUGAUGAUACUCAGAAGGAAAAGGAAGCCCCGGUGACUGAACUAGUGAAUGAAGAGGUAAAGGUACAAACCAUUGAAAAUCCACCACCGAUUAAGGACUCUACCGAUGAAGAUAAAACAGAGGAGAAUACAGAGAAAGAGAAGAUAGAUAAAGAGGAGAAGAAAGAGGAGAAGAAGGACACCUUAUCUCCUGAUUCUAAGAAGAAGAAAAUAAGUGAUGAUGAUGAUGAUGACACGGUGAGUAUUAAAGGUCCUAUAGACAUGGAUAAUUUGAGUGCUUUGGAGUUAAUGUAG